CCUCCCGGCUCCUGUCCCCGAGGUGCCCCGCCCCGCGCGCCCGCUGCUUCCUGGAGCUGCUGGGCCUCGGCGUGGGGAAAAUGAGUCGCAUCUACCAAGACAGCGUCCUCCGCAACAAGGCGGUGCUGAGCGCGCGACUGCGCGGGGUCUGGGACCCCGCCGCCCACCAGGGGGGAAAUGGCGUCUUGCUGGAGGGAGAGCUGGUGGAUGUAUCUCGGCACAGCAUCUUGGAUGCCCAUGGCAGGAAGGAGCGCUACUAUGUGCUGUAUAUCCGGCCCAGCUGUAUCCACCGACGGAAGUUUGACCCCAAGGGAAAUGAAAUAGAGCCCAACUUCAGUGCCACCAGGAAGGUGAACACAGGCUUCCUAAUGUCAUCUUACAAGACAGAAGCCAAGGGAGACACCGACAGGCUCACAGUGGAGGUGCUGAAGGGCCUGGUAAACAAACCAGAGCUGCUGGAGCUGACGGAGAGCCUCACCCCAGACCAGACAGUGGCGUUCUGGAUGCCUGAGUCAGAGAUGGAGGUCAUGGAACUUGAGCUGGGGACUGGAGUGCGGUUAAAAACUCGGGGUGACGGCCCCUUUAUAGAUUCCUUAGCCAAACUGGAGCUGGGGACAGUGACCAAGUGUAAUUUUGCUGGCGAUGGAAAGACAGGGGCAUCCUGGACAGAUAACAUCAUGGCUCAGAAGUGUUCAGAGAGGGACACGGCGGAGAUCCGAGAGCAAGGAGAUGGGGCAGAGGAUGAGGAAUGGGAUGAUUGAGGUGCCUCCUUCAUCUACCAGCAUCUGAGAUGGUAUCAUUGAGAAGUGGCCAGAUUCGACUUCCGCCCUGGAGAGAGCAGUCUUGUCAAGCUGAAUACCAUGUAACACGUUCUGCUGAGAUCAAAUCCAAGACCUCAAGACACCCAGAGGGUCUCCAGGCUAUGGUUCUUGUAUAUGUGUGUGUUUCUCUUUGGACGCAAGGCUAGCUUUCCUAGACCUUUUCCCGGCAUUCCUUUCCCUAGGUGGUAGACACAUACUAGAUGAGCCCUCCAAGGCACAGUCCUGAUGCACAAUUAAGGAAUGUCCCUGUCUGAGACAGAGGGGCUCUGGGGGGGCGGGGAGAGUGAGCAGGCUCCUCCCAUUCUUACUGUUCUCUCCUUUCUUUCCUUUCUGUCCUGUGCCAGCCUUCUUGUUGUGCAUCUCUGUUCUCCUGAUCUACUCUUCCUCGGUCUGUUCUUCCCCACCCCACACCCAAGGUACUACUUCUUUAUUUCUGUUCCGCUCUGUGUCUCCAUGGGGUUUCCUGCCUUACACCUGUCUUAGGGUUCUUACUGCUCUGAUGAAACACCAUGACCAAAAGCAACUUGAGGAGGAAAGGGCUUAUUUCACUCACAGUUCCUUAUAAUAAAUAGUUCAUCAUCAAAAGCAAUGUGGGCAGGAACUCAAGCAGGGCAGGAACCUGGAGGCAGGAGCAGAGGUCGUGGAGGGGUGCUGCUUACUGGCGUUCUCCUUAUGGCUUGCUCAGCCUGCUUUCUUAUAGAACCCAGGACCACCAGCCCAGGGAUGGCACCAUCCACAUGGGCUGCCCCCACCCCCCAUUGAUCACUAAUUAAGAAAAAGUGUUACAGCCAGAUUUUUUUUUUUUUUGAAGACAUUUUCUCAAUGAAGUUCCCUUCCUUUCAGAGGACUCUAGCUUGUGUCAAGUUGACAUAAAACCAGCCAGCACAGACCCACCUGGCUACUCUUCUGGAAAGUGCUGUUCUUGGAAAGGCCAGCAGCCUUUCCAGCUGUGUCUGGCUGGCCCACAGGUCUUGACUCAUUCCACUAGGCCAAUUUUUUAAAUUUUAUUUAUCUUUUAAUUUUUUUUAAAGGUGCUGGUAAUUAAACCUAGGGCUUCAUGCUUGCUAGGCAAGUAAUCGGCCACAGCCUAUACCCACAGCCCUGGACCACAUUUUCAGAACCACUGUAUCUGUUGUUGUUUACUUGGAGAACUUUUUAUGAAUGAGUGAAUUGUCAGGAAAGAAUUCCUCCACACUACUGGGUUCUUGUCAGGUGUUAAUGGUCUUCCAGCUGAGCCACCCUACUACAAGACAGCCUCAAUCUGGUCAUGGACAUUGCUGUUGUAGAAAAUUAUUUUAAGGUGUGUUACUUUUGUUUAUGCUCUGGAACAUUUGUUUAAUGAUGCAAAGAUGUGUUUGAUUAAAUAAAAUUCACCUGUGGUCAGGAGGCUGAGUCAGCAACUAGCUAACAGGAAGUGGUAGGGAGGAGCCAGGUGGAGAAGGGUUUUUUUUUUAAUUUUUAUUUUUAUUUUGCAAUACAAUUUAGUUCUACAUAUCAGCCACAGAUUUCCUUGUUCUCCCCCCUCCGGCCCCCCUCACCUUCCCCCCCAACCCACCCCCCGGAGAAGGGUUUUUAAGUAGGGGCAAGGAGAAGCAUGGGGGCUUCUUGGAGGAUGUGAGCAAGGAGAGGAGGUGAGCUACUUGCUAUUCAGCCUCUCUGAGGAGCAGAAUUUCAACAUAACCUUUGAAUCUUGAGUUCUUUAGAGGAACAGAGAUUUAGUUAAGUUCCUUUCGUAGCUUUGAGAGAGGCAGUGCCUGAGGGGACAGAAUUCCCUCAGGCUGAGGCUCUUGGGGCCUAACCCUGCUGGUAGCAGUGGUGGAGUUGUAGUUACUGAUUUGGACAGCAGUGGCUUAAAAGGCAGCAACAAUUGAAAAAAAAAAAAAAAAGGACAAUUGGUGCCCCACAUUGGGUGCCAAAAUGUUGUUGGUUGUUUUUUCUCUUGUUUUUUGAAGGACCCACCACCCAGUUCUCAAAUAAAUCACACAUGGAGGCUUAUUCUUAAUUAUACAAGUCUGGCCUUAGCUUGGCUUAGUUUCUUGCCAGCUUUUCCUUAACUUAUCCCAUCUACCUUUUGCCUCUGGGCUUUUCCUGUUCUCUUACUUCUGUUAAUCUUACUCCAUGGCUUGCUGUGUAGCUGGGUGGCUGGCCCCUAGAGUCCUUCUCCUUCUCUGGCUACUUCUUUUUUUUUUUCCUCCCAGAUUUCUCCUAUUUAUCCUCUCUGCCUGCCAUCCCCAUCUAUUUCUCUCUCCUGCCUUGCUAUUGGCCGUUCCACUCUUUAUUAAAUCACCAGGUGUUUUAGACAGGCACAGUAACACAACUUCACAGAGUUAAACAAAUGCAACAUAAGCAAAAUUAACACACCUUAAAAUAAUAUUCUACAACACAUUGCCUCAGUGGGUAGUGUGCCCCUGCUCAGAUCUGUGACAGAAUCUGGAGUGGAAGUCUACAUGUCCUGAGUUUAAUUCUAUAUAGCCAUGGCAGGUGUAUGUAUACUGCUUGAUCCUGGGAAGAAGGGGUGGAAGAAGAUAGGAAUUACUGAGUCUCUUUAAUGUGUCAAAUGCAAUGCCAGAAGUUUUCUAUGAUCAUGACCAGCACUGACAAUACUGAGUUCUUCCUGAUGUUAAGUACUUGGAGUAUUCUGUCACAACACUUCUAUGAUGUACAUAUGAUUAAUGUCCCCAUUUUUUUUUUUCGUGGUACAUAGACUGAAGCUUUGAGACUCUAUGAAUAUUGCCAGAGAAAGGAAUUUAAACCCAGGCAGUCAGUUUCAAAGCCUACAUUUCUUUCUUUUCUUUCUUUUUUUUUGGGAGGGUGGGGGAGGAUCUCAUACAUUGCAGGCUGGCCUUGAACUUGCUAUGUAGCUAAGAAUGUCCUUGACCUUCUGACCCUCCUGCCUUUACCUCCCCAGUGCUGGGAUUAUAAGCACAUAUCCCCAUGCCUGUAUGCUGGAGCUCACACUCAGGGCUUUGUGCACUGGGUGAGCACUCUACCAACUGAGCUACAUCCCCAGUCCUAAAGUCCACAUUCCCUUACACACUGUUUUUUUUUUUCUGACAAGGUUUCACUAUGUAGUCCUAGCUGACCUCAAACUCACCUUGUAGACAACCAGGCUGGCCUUGAACUCACAGAGAUCUGCCUGCCUCUGCCUUCUGAAUGCUGAGAUCAAAUUCCACAUUUUUGAUUACUGGACUCCUGCUUCCACAUGCAAACUAGAGAAGGAAGAGGGGUCAGAGGGGUCAGAGAGGUCAGAGAGGUCAGAGGGGUCAGAGAGGUCAGACAAGUCUCCCAGUUCCUCAAUGGAGGACCCAGGAUUUGAGUCCAGAGCUUCCAAAGGCAGAGCUCUUGUCGCUUCCAUUAUCCCUGCUUCCUUGGCCACAAAAAGGUUUUAGAUAAUGAGGGCAAGAGGAUGUAGAAUCAUGUCACUGGUGUCCUGUAUCUGGGGUGGUUUACAGACAGGUCGUGAUGGGGCCUUAUCUUGGAGGGUGGUUACUCAUAGGGUAUCUAGGGACAUUGGGACAUCUUAACUGCCCAAAGCUCUGUGGCAACCUCUAGAGCAGGCCAGCCUGUUAACGCCCUGAGGCAAAGGGCUCUAGCUCUUAGAUUUUAAGGAAGGAAAGGUCAUUGUGGCUGGAGGCCAGAGGGUAGCAUAGCCUGGGAGGUGUGUUUGAGAUCAGGCUAGACAUUGGGCAUGGCAAUUUCCUGCUCACUAAAGCUUUGAGGACUUUAUCCCUAAUGCCCUGAAAGCUAGUGAUCCUGUGGAGGGGUGAGAUCUGAUUCAUCUAUUUUGAAGCUCAGUUGGCCGAGAAGAAAUGGGGGCAGUGAGCUUCUGCUGGAGUCUGCUGCAAUAGUCAGGUGAGAGGCCGGCGUGGUUGGCUCUGCAGCAGAUGGAGUAAGAAAAGGGCUCAUGUCUAGAGGUAUUUAGGGAGCAGAAUCAAGAGGCCCCAGGAGAGAGGAAGGAGUCAAGAAAGAUGCUCAGUCUCUGGUGAGCAGAAGUGUUGGGGUGCACAAGGUUGUUUAGCAGGAGCCCAGCCUGAGGCUAGGCUAAAAUCAGACUCCUGGGAAGGGAAACCAAACGUUCUGUAGAUAAGAACAGGCUUUCAAAGACAGGCUUGGUGGCUCUUGCCUAUAAUCCCAGUGCUUGGGAGGCAGAAAUAUAGAAGGGUUCCCAACGGUUUGAGGCUAGCCUGGGCUACAGAUCGGGACCCUGCUUCAUAAAAUCAAAACCAAAGACCAUACAAGCAAACGAACAACAAAUAAGGGCCAGUGAGAUGGUUCAGUGGGUAGAAGUGAUUGCCACCAAGCCUGGAGCUGGGUUUGAGUCCCAGAACUUACAUGGUGGAAGAGAGAACCAAUUCCAGCAGUUGUUUGCUGAAUUCCACACUCAUUCACGCUGCAGCACAAAGGCACCUACCCCUCCACAUAGCAACAACAACAACAACAACAACAAAGAUUUCAGGCUUAGGGAUUAGAAAAACUGAGUUAAAACCCUCUUCCCAGGAUAGAAAGGUACUUGGCUCAGAGCUGGGUGGGGACCUGGGGGCUCAUCCAGGCACCCUGAAUAGGUGGGGAAGACCCACAAUUUCACUCUGUCCUGUUAAUAAUUGUUAUUAUCUUGGUUCUUUAAUAUGUCUACAUGUAAAAUUGGACUUGACUUCCCAUUAGUACUAUGCAAUCACUGUCAAUGCACAGUCAUAUGUUUUGAGACUAUUUAGACUGAUCACAAAUUCAGUGAGAUCUGCCUGCUUCAGCUUCCACAGUGCUAAGAUUAAAGGUGCUCCUCUCUACAGCUGGCUCCUCGUUGUGGUUUGGAUUAUUUAGGAACAGCUGUUCAGAGUCAGGUCACUGAGAAUCUAGGCAUCUUCUGUAAAAUUCUUGCUAUAUUGCCAAGUUGCUUCCCAAAAGGGUUAUUCUAGACUAUAAUCUCAGUACCAAUGUGGGAGAGAACUGAUUUCAUGCUACUUUUCCCAGAACUGGGGAUGAAGAUUUUGAACAAAUAUUUGAUAAAGUGAAAAUUCUUAAAUAUAUUUUAAUUUGCCUUUUUUUCUAUUUAGAGUGAAAUUAAAUGUUUUUCAUUUCCUGUGACCUA